AAAGUCUACUGUUCAAUGACUAAAAAUGCAAACUUUUGUUUUCAAGUUGCGAACAGUGUCCUAAGCAAGAAGGAGCAUGUGCUUGAAGACAAACAGCUCUCAAAGAAAUAUCCAAUGCAAGUUUCACAGUGUUAUAUCUUUACCAAGGUCUCAGUUGAUUUGGAUUUGUCAAUAUUUGGUGAGACGACUGUCGUAGUACGAGAGCUUGAAAGCAGCAAUAAAGGCUUGCAGUUUUCCGCAUGCCCUGAUGGAAGAUUCCAUGUUGAGGGUUCCUUCUCGGCCAUGAAAGAUUUAAGAAAAGAUGUUCAGAGAAGAAUAAAUGACUUUCAAAUAUUUCAUCUCCCAAGUUCAGCGUCAAAAUCUGGAGUGAAAGCCUCUGAAAGAAAGCUCACAAGGUGUGCCUCGGAGGGUGAAACCCAGAUGACCAAGCAGCAAAAGGUUGCAGCCGAACCGAGUGACAGAGUUGAUGAUGUCUUGUGUCCUCAUGUACUUGAGAAUGAAAUUAUUCUAGAUACAGAUAUUUUUGAAUACAUUAAUGCACUUUACAAACAGCAAUGUGAGAAUAUGCUUUAUCAAUAUAAUGCAAGAGUGGAGGUGGUGAAUUAUAAUGACAUAACUGUUUUUCAGCUGGUAAAAGCUAAUGACCAGUGUGAACAAUUCCACCUGACAAAGGCUAAGUUUAAAAUGGAGGGUUUAGUUAGUGAAAUGCAGCAGUUGUUACUCUGUGAGAAAAUUAGUUUGGAUGGUGGCAGUGAGCCAAGCCAAAUACUGGAGGUGUGCAAGGAAACAAUGCAAAGUUUCCCCAAGGUUUUAGUUCGCUUUACUGGUGACUAUGUAUCCCUCAUAGGCAGUGCUUAUGAUUGCACUCAGUUUAAGAAGGAAGUGAAUGAGAAAUUGAAGUCCAUGCAAUCAGUGUCGAAUCCGGUCUUCAGUGGGCAGUCAAAUAUUCCAAAUGUAUCUGGACGUCCGCACCAUUUUGGGGCAAGUUUAGAUUCAAGUGCUGUCCGUGGAAAAUAUGUGUCUAAGAGAAAUGAGCGCAGCCUAAAUCAGAAUUGCCACUUUGGUCAAUAUACAAGUAGUCAUGCUGACCAUUCACAAACUGGUUAUAGAAGGUAAUGGGAAGUUCUCAUUGUGGUGCAGGUGCAUUACAUGGUGGACCAUCUUCUUUGCCAGCAUUUUCAGUAUGGCCUCAAGCACUAGACAGCACCGAAAGUUGGAAAAUGCUUCAAAGAUUGCCAAACAAUAGGCUCAUUUUUAUGAUUGAAUAACAUUUAUUUGUUCCUUAUGUGUGGCAUUGUCUUUAUUCAGUAACUACAAGAAAGGGUGAGCAACUCAUUUAUAACUGUGGUACUUUAUGGACUGUGUACACUCUGAUGUUAUCUCCAGUGCCCAAAUCCUGCAAAGUAUGGCCUUAACCAGAACAGGAAUGCUGAUGUAAUGUGUAACAAAAGCUGUUCUGGUUAUGGAAGGCUGAUUAAUCAUUUGAAUAGAGUGGUAAAGCAUCCGUAUAAAUGAAUUGUUGUCAGGUUUUCAUGCAGUUACCAUCUUUGAUAUUGCCAAGUACAUAUUUUGUGUAAAGUAGAUUUCACUAUAAAGCUUGGAAAGGCUGUGUUUGAAUCAAUGAGUUGGGGACUGAUUGGUUUAUAAUGAUCUUGAAUUGAAAUUCUGAGAGUGUUAAUUAUUUUUGCAGUCUGCACUUUAUAAAUGAGUUGUACAUGCUACUGAUUAUUCAUGAUCUCAGUGAGCUUGCUAAUCAUCUUGCCACUUUUAAAAUAUUUGCUUUUUCUUUUGUUUGGCAUCUAAUGGUAACACUAGCACAGAUGUUGUGCAUGAUAAAACCCAUAAACAGUAGCUAAACUGUUCUUCUGAUUAAGUAAUUAUUUUGAGGUCAUUAAAACCAGUGACAGUACAUUGUUGGGAUGUAAAGUUUCUUGUAUUGGGUAUAAUGGUGUGCUUGGAUUGUGCUAAGUAAUGUAUUUUCAGAGAGGAAAAGAUGUUAAUUUCUAUAAAUGCAUUAAAUUUCUUAAUAUUCUCUGCACAUAAUAUUAUCAUUUUUUAAAAAAAAAUUCAAACAGCAAUGUACAAUAAGUAUUUCAUGUAGUAAAAUGUCUCAAUAGUAUUUCACAGAUGUGUUUUCAAAUAAAAUUUGAUGCAAAACCAAA